AUGAGUUCUCGUUUUGCCGCAGGCGGCGAAGGCUUCUGGACCGCAGCCUCACGUUCCAUUUCAUCCUCCUCAUCUUCAACGUCUACUCCAUCCUCCACCACAUCUACCGCUCGCCAUGAUGCCUACGGCCGCCGCCUCUCUGUCGAGGAGGACUUGUUCUAUCAACAGCUCAUGACAGCCGACCCGAGGCCGCCUUCGGAACCACCACCCCCCUAUCGACCACAGGCUCCACGUCCGGCAUCAUCCCUCUUCUCCGCCACUGAUGACCGCCGGCAGCAACCUCAGCAGAGGCAGACCCAUAUCGAGUUGCCGCCAGAAUACCACACCGACAUUGAUCUCGCUGCUGUCUGGGAGCUUAAAAUGGAACUCGAGGACGCUGUGGACCGCGCCGAUGAUCGCACCUGGCACACCGUCAUUGUUGAAUUACGCGGCACCAGUCUCAAGCUUUACAGCGUCAAAAAAGAGUGGACACAAUGGGGCUGGGGCGCCGCACGCGAAUGGGCGUCUUCCAACCAGUCUCCGGACAAUCCGCCAUGGGCUCGUCGAGCGACCCUUCUGCGGACCUACCACUUACAGCACGCAGACAUUGGUAUUGCUGCCGACUACAAAAAACGGCGUAACGUCAUUCGCCUCCGCCUCGAAACAGACCAGCUGCUGCUGUCGUGUCUCGAGUCUGCCACCUUUGUUCGCUGGCUUGACGCCUUCUUUGCCGCCAUGGCUAUAGCAGCCCCCCUCGACGAACGCGAGUAUCCCGCCGACCAGUCUGUGCCCCGUUCCCAGCGGACACGGUGGCUGCAGGCUCAGCGACGCGGACUGGCGCUCGCACCGAGGGCGUACUCCCCAAGCAUCACUUCGAGUCUGAGCCUAAGCUCGCACCUCGACAUGGACGCUGAUCCGUAUCCGUCGCCUGAGAUGUCAGAUGGUACACAGGGCAUGGCGGGACAAGGCUUAGCCCAGGGCCAGGGAUCAUCCGAGGGCUCGACGCCCGCGUUGUCGAGGCGAUCGACGACCGGGUCGGCUAGUUUUCGGAGGCUCGUUGCUGCGGCCGGAGGCGGCGAAGUCGAUGGCAAGUGGGCGCCGCCGCGCGAGACGUGGGAUCCACCCGAGGAAGAGUGA